CGAAUCUCAAUUCGGUUAAAUCUACAUUAAUGGAAAUGAUCCAGCCAUGGGAAGUGUUUACGUUCUCCUGUUUUAAUUAAUUAAGUUUCAACAAGAGGUUUAAAAAAUACGUCACAGUUGCAUCACCUAGCAGAAGACCGGAAGCGGUGCUCGAAGCAACAUGGCGAACUUCGUGGAGGCAAAAACUCGAGCGGAAUUUGAGGAUUUCCUGGCCAAGGGCGGCUCUCGACUCACAGUGGUGCACUUUCAGGCGUCAUGGGCUCCUCAGUGCGGCCAAAUGAACGAGGUGAUGGCCGAACUGGCCAAGGAGCACGCUCCCGCCACGUUCGUCAAGUUGGAGGCUGAAGCUGUGCCGGAGGUGUCGGAGAAGUACGAAAUCGCUUCCGUGCCCACGUUCGUCUUCUUCAAAGGCGGAGUGCAAGUGGACCGACUGGACGGGGCACACGCUCCGGAGCUCACAAAGAAGGUCCAAAGCCUGGUUACCAGCGGGGGCUCGGAGCCCGAACGAGGCCCGGGGGACCUAAACGCGCGUCUGAAGAAGCUGAUCAACGCGGCGCCAUGCAUGCUGUUCAUGAAGGGUACCGCGCAGGAGCCCCGCUGCGGCUUCAGCCGGCAGAUGGUGGCCCUCCUGAACGAGAGAAACAUCCAGUUCAGCACCUUCGACAUCCUCUCCGACGAAGACGUGCGCCAGGGUCUGAAGACCUACUCCAAUUGGCCUACCUAUCCGCAGCUGUACGCCAACGGCGAGCUCUUGGGCGGCUUGGACAUAGCCAAGGAGAUGGCAGAGUCCGGCGAACUGGAGAGCGCCUGUCCCAAGGCGGUCACCCUCGAGCACCGACUCAAGGAAGCAAUCAAUCGGAGCCCGGUGAUGCUUUUCAUGAAGGGCAGCAAGGAAGCAGCGCGUUGCGGUUUCAGCCGGCAGAUCCUGGAGAUCCUGAAUGGCGCCGGUGCGGACUACGACACGUUCGACAUCCUGCAGGACGAAGAAGUGCGCCAGGGGCUCAAGACUUACUCCAACUGGCCCACCUACCCGCAGCUGUAUGUGAAGGGCGAGCUCGUCGGGGGUCUAGACAUUGUCAAGGAGCUUCAUGAGAGCGGCGAGCUGCUGACCGUGCUCAAAGGGGACUCUUAGGACACAGGUGUCAAACUCUAGGCUCAGUGGGACUACAUUUGGCCCGCUAGAACAAGCCAUGUGCGGUCAGCAUCAUGUUUGUAAGAAAGUAAAAUCCAUACCAAAAAAGUGUUUUCGGUUUCAAUGCCAUCUUGAAAUUUAUCCUAACAGUAAAUACUGAAGUGACUAACUUUAAAAAAAAGUGUAAAACUAACCAUCACAUAUGCAGCCAAAUACACAAACAAUAAAAUAUUUUCCAAAAUUGUCAAGUGUCUCCACUUUUAGAAGUCGAGAUUUCGCAAACAUAUUUGUCAUAGAAUGUAGCCUGGUGUGAUCACAGUUCCAUCACACUUUUUCAAGGACUUGCAGUUGAGUCGAUCCGUUCCUCAGAACCUCAUACUCCACUGCACAUGCUCAUUUGUUGGCCUUAAUUGAGCCAGAGACCGCUGGCUGCUGCCAAGUCAUUGGAAUACAAUAGGUACAGUACACAAUGUGUCAACACAUUGUGUGUUACAUGAACAUAUUUACAAUUUCAACUGUACCUGUGGAUGAAAUAAAUUAAGCUUGUGGUAAAAAAAAA